GUGCUUUCGGUAUUGGUGGCAGUUGUUGGUAUUGUUUUCGUCUUUCGUACGCUUUCGUUAUUUAUUUAUGAGAAUCGAUAAGAAGUGUAACGUCAGGAGGAGUUGUUGUUGUUUUUAGUUUAAAAUUGUGUAAAUGGCUCUAUCUGCAUGCGAACAGGAGAUCGUGCUGAGAGAAUGGGCUCCCCUGACGGACCUCUUCCAAAAGCUGCCAACUCGAUCGCAAAACGGCAUCUUCAACACCGAAUUGAAGAUAUAUUGCAUCGAUGCGAUUACAGAAUAUCUCGUCCUGGGAACGAGCAGCGGAGUGGUAUACAUAUAUGACCGUAAGAAGCUCACAUUGCAGAGACUCCGCUGCGAGAACGUCAAUUCGCCUGUCUCUUGCGUAAAGAUCGUUUCUUCUGUUGAUUUCAUGAUAUGCUGUGGCUCUCAGGAUGGCACAAUCACAAUUUUCCAAGUGCCCAAGACACCACCUGAUACAUUACCUGAGAGCCUCAGGCCAGAAACAAAACCAGUGGAGAGGUAUACUGUAACUGAUAUGCACUCAGCUGCUGUUACAGCCAUAGAAUGGUCCAAGAAUGGAAUGAAAGUCUUCUCAGGUGAUGCCAAUGGGAUUGUAAUACUGACUGAGAUUGAUGAUUACAUGCAUUUAUGUAAGUCUGCUGAAGUGCUCAAUGAAGCUUACAAAGUAGUGCAAUUAAGUUAUCAUCAGCAGAAUCUUUUGGUUUCGACGACGUAUCGCACUAUACUUUGCCGCAGGGACAAUAAAUGGUCGGUUAGCCAAGUCGGCAAAAAGGAUCGCAAGAUAUUCGGUCAAUUUGGUUCUUUGUUCUGCAGAAAUGGUAUUAGUCCUAGCGAUAUCAUUAUUUAUAGUUCCAGGCCUGGUUUGCGACUGUGGGUGGCAGACGCUAAUGGUUCUGUUCAGAAAACGCUACUGUUUAAAGAAGUUUUGAGCGAUCACGAAUUGUUCGAAGUGCCUCUACUAAACCCGUUUCCGGCGAACUUGGAGAACAAGCGUCCAAGCAAAGAGGCCAGCUUUGGACCUCUAAUACAGUUUUGCGAAAACUACCUGAUAACUUACAGCGAUGAGGUCGUCUACGUGUUGUCUCCGCAGCAUCUAAAGAUCGUAGCUGUAAUUACUCAUUUAAGAAAGGUCUGUGAUGUUGCGGUAAACAAGGACGAGAUCUUCAUUCUGGAAGGCGAGAGGAGCUUGAUACGGGUGGCUUUUACGCCAGAAAUGGAAAUUGAAAAUCGAAGCUCAGUAAAUUCGUCGCCUCUGAAAACUUCUAUAAAAAGUUUAACGAACAAGAUGCAAGCUUCGACGAUCUUAGCAGCUACUGUUUUCCAAUCGGAUCAGAACAUCAGCAGGGCCGAAGAGGCUAGGGAAUCUCCAUCGAAUAAAUACAUUCCUCAUAAUCCUUCCUACACUGAGAAAGUGUACGAUGCUUAUAGGAAGAUGGAGGUGUACAACAAGAUAUCGGAGCAGCAGUUCGACGAAACCAUUCUCUUCAAGAGAGGUCGCAGCAAAAAGUCGGAUACGAUGACGACGAGCGUUUACUCGAACAGCUCAAAUAGUUCGAACGACGAGAGGGAUUCAAGCAGCAUCACGAAGCCGACUGUCAUGAAUCUGAGUGCAACAGAUAUGAUGCCUGAUCUGAGGAGUCCCGACUCGAUUCACAACGAUAUCGUGCAAAAGGAGAAAUUACUAGCAGACGUCCUUAAAUUUGAUCAGGUCAAGGUGGAUCUGAAGCAGCUGGAUAAGCCCAAACUGGAAAUACUCGACUACUAUGAGAGCCGCCCGGAGAAGAAGGACGAAACCAAAGAUAUUCCUGACAUUAUUACUAGCAGCAGACAGGAGACGCUUGUUAUUCAAGAUGAACCGUGCAUCACGCAAAAAUCACCCGUUGAGCAGGUGCAAGAUAUUAAUAGGAUAUCGCCAAUUAAAAGUGCCACCGAGACGAUUAACAAACCUCAAAUCCAAAAAAUCGACAUUCCAGCUUGCCAAACCUUGCCCAACAAUUGGAAUGUUUACAAGAUAUCGUUGGGGGAUAGCACCACAUCUCCAGACAUAUCACUCACCGAAUGGGAAGUCAUUUAACGAUUUACAAUACUAAUUACGAAUACUCUAAGCUUAGUAAUACUGUAUUUCUUCUAAUUAUUUCUAGUCAAAAUUUGUCUUUAUAUAUACUUAUAUUUUUUAUUAUUAGUUUUUGGGCUUGUUUUGUUCCAUUUUAGUGAUGAUGAACCUAUUAUAGAUCUGAUAUGUGUUACUCGAUUUUAACGCGCUUAAUUGAAUGAGAAUCAUCAUUUCUGAGAGCGAGAGAAGAGAAAAUGAAAGAGAAACGAAACAUUAUUUAUUACACACCAAAAAUAUAUUAUUAUUAAAGUU